UGACGGUCAGUCCUUCACUCGGGCGGGGCGCGUGUGUGUGUGUGUGUGUGUGUGUGUGUGUGUGUGUGUGUGUGUGUGUGUAACAGACCCAGGCGUAACACCAGCAGCUGCUUUCUGAUCCACACGGUGUGUAUGUAUGUAUAUAUACUGGAGUGGUGAGGAUGAGGUCAGCUCUCCUCCUCCUCCUCCUUCUCUCCACACUCUGCUCUCUCCUCCUGCUCUCCCACAUCCCCAUCAUCACGGCGUGUAACAAAGCUCUGUGUGCCAGUGACGUGAGCAAGUGCCUUCUGCAGGGCCUGUGUCAGUGUCAGCCCUCAGAAGGAAAUUGUUCCUGCUGUAAAGAGUGUAUGCUGUGUCUGAGCACACUAUGGGAAGAGUGCUGUGACUGUGUUGGCAUGUGUAACCCGAGGAACUACAGCGAGACUCCGCCCACUUCCAAAAGCACAGUGGAGGACCUCCAUGCGCCGAUCCCGUCACUCUUCAGGGCCCUCACUGAUGGAGACACUCCCAUUAACAUGAUGGUGGUGUCGUUCCCCGUGGCUGAGGAGCUCUCGCACCAUGAGAACCUCGUGUCCUUCCUGGAGUCUCUGGAGCAAGAGCAUCAAAAUGUCUCGCUGCCUGGAUCGAGCAUCCAUGAUACCUAUGAUAAAGAUAACCUGUGCACGGUGGUGUAUUUUGACGAGUGCUUGUCCAUACGUCAGUGUAAGCAGUACUGCGAGUCGAUGGGGGCGUCAAAGUACCGCUGGUUCCACAACGCGUGCUGCGAGUGCAUCGGACCCGAGUGUGUGGACUACGGGAGCAAAGCUGUCAAAUGUAUGAACUGUCUCUUCUGAAAGCACUGACACACACACACACUCUGGAUUGUGUUUCAGUAUCAAUCUUAUGAUUUAUUAAUAUCAUAUUCCAUCUUUUAUUGCUGAUGAUGUGUAAUAUGAUCUUCACUACAUCUGUACUGACCUUGUAUCUUAUUAACGUUAGUUGUUGAUGCUCUCAGCACAAAUGAAUAUGUGCUUAACCCUUACCUGUUUGUGUAUCAUUGUUAGGCACUAGAUGGCACUGUCUUAGAAAAAAGCUUCCUGUUUAAUCACAUAGCUAAGAUGAAGUGUACGAACUAUUAACCACGAAUGGUUGAGUUUGUUAUUUAUAUACGCAGUGGCGGGCCGUGCAUUUCACACCAAGGCCUUCACUGGUGUCCUUCCUGAAUUAAUCCACCUCUAUACCAUCAUUAUGACACCGCGGUAAUAGAUACUAAUCAACCAUUAAAUAGCAAAGUAAAAAAGAAAUUAGGCUACAGUAUUUCACACCUCACAAGGAAUAGUCAAUUUUAUUACAGUCCGCCUUGAAAAUGCAUUUGUAAGGAUGUCUGCGACCAAAUCGAUUUCUUCUCCUCGGUCAGCCAUUUUGAGAUAAAAUAUAUAUAUUUUAUUUAGUUUGUGCGGUAUGCUGCCUCUGACUAUUCCAAUUAUCCAAUCAAAGGACAGGAAAUUGCUGACGUAAUCGUAUGCCUGCUAGAUGGCCCCAGUGACGCCAACUCGAAAUCUGAUUGGUUCAUGUAACAAUUUUAUUUCCACUUAUUUUAAGCUACGGGCGUCUGCACUAUUGAUUCUAAAGGCAGAUUUCUUUCACCCUGGCAACACAUGAUGUCAGCCACUAGCUGAAAUAUGAUUGGAUAAAUACUCUUAUCAUAAAUAUACACUACUGGAAGCAGCGCAACCACGAGAAAAGCUAUGAAAUGUAGAGAAUAGACUAUUGGGAAUAAUUUAAUACACAUUCAUGGAAAAAUGAUAUAUUAAAUAUAUUAAAAUGCAAGUCAGUGAUUCAGAUCACUGCUGUUUAGGCCAGCAGAGAAGGCCUUGCUGGCCCUGACGGUCCACCACUGGUAUACAGCAUUAUAUGUUUGGUCAAAGAAUUCCUCUAUUCCACAAGAUGUCUAUAUCACUUACAGCCAUACUAAACUGUAUGCUUUUAUAGAAACCUGCAUCAUUAAUCGUUAAAAUUGUGUUGGUUCACUUAACUGACAUUUUUAACAAAUGAAAAUUGGCACCAGUUUUAACUGACUGAUGAAUAAUAAUCCAAAUAAGCCAAAAUAUUAACCAAUGUUUUUACUGUCAGUGAAUAAAAUUAAGCCAGCAAUAAAGCCACAUUAAGCCAACUUAAUGAGACUAAAGAUUAAGUUUUGUAUAUAAUCCAAGAAAGCAGAGUUUACAAAGUUCUCAUUUUAGUAAACACGCUGCAACAUUUUCAUUCCUGGACUGAGGAGCUGACAUUUUAGUCAAAUAUUAGAUUUCAUUUAAUAUUUAAAACAUAAACAUGCAAUAGCAUCAUAUUAUUCCGUUAGUACUGAUAUUAGUCAUGGUCUCCACAGAAUAAAGACACUUUAAUGAACUAUGUCACGUGAUUUAUUUCACAUUAGAGUGUUAUAUUUAUAUUCUUUCUCUCCUUUGCCUUCUUACAUAUUUACUGCAACAUCAUUUUUACAUGGAUAUAUUUUCAUUUAUGGAUUGAUGAGCUGACACUUUAUUCAGCACCGAUGUAUUUCAUUAACAUUUAAAAAGUCAUAGUGUUUUCUACCAAAUCAGAAAAUGUUGAUUCAUUGGCUAUAUAUU